AUGCUUGGUCCCUCGUCGACCGAUGUGCACCGCCACCCAGGUCGUCACAUACCAAUCGUCAAAUCGCGCGGAGGGGAUACUGACAUCACCAUCGCAGCCUGUAUCCCAUGUCGCCAGCGCAAAGUGAAAUGCGACCUGGGCUCCGUCGACAACCCACACGACCCUCCAUGCGGCCGCUGCCGGCGAGAGUCGAAGCAGUGCUAUUUCGCAUCCGAACGGCGCAAGCGGAGAAAGACGGGUGACCCCUCGGCAUCGGAGAACGGAGAAGAUGGACUGGUGGAGAUCCGUAACGGCACGCGCAAACGGGUCAGGGCUUCGGUGGAACACGAUGAUCAGCCCGACGAGGACAAGUUCGAUCGGCCUCGGACCCCCGGCGGCAGCAUCGGCCAGCAUCGGCCUUUGCGCAGGCCGACCUCCUCGAAGCCUUUGCAAUAUAACGAGGAAGACGAGAAGAUCAGCGAUCCCACGACCGCUUUGCUCCAACAUCUCGAACUGCAUUCGGGUCACGAUGCACUGAAUAUGUUGCAUGCUGCCGCCACCACCAUUCAAAAUCAAGCCAACAGCGAAUCGAGGGCCGCCUCGGGCGGAGUCGCUACCCAUUCGACUCAUCCCAUCGGGUCCCCAGGCAGUCGGAGGACGACGAACGUGAAACAGUCAAACGGUUCAAAUCGGUUACCUCCCCGGAACGAUUCUCUGGGGAACCGUUUCGACCGCGCAAGCGUGCCACUCGCCACGAUCGAUCAGUCCCCCCAGAGCAUUUUCGGCAUCAAAGCCUGGUCCAGAUUUCGCUUCGUGAAAGCAGGAUGGUUCACUGCCGAAGAGGGCAUUGCGUACAUCACAUACUUCUACAAGUACCUCAAUCCACUCACUCCGAUCACGUUGCCCAACUUCUGCAGCCCGGAGAAGCAUCGGAAACUUCUCGAGGAGGAGCCGAUGCUCGCCCUGACGAUGCUCCUCAUUGCUUCGCGCCAUAUGAAAUUGAAGGGCCCCGGGAGCCACAGUCGACCCUACGCCAUCCAUGACACCCUCUGGACGUAUCUCUCCGGUAUGAUCUCCCGGGUCAUGUGGGGUCAAGAACAAUUUGGUGGCGGACUAUGCGGCGCCGGAGCCGAGGCGGCCAGUGAUGUCAAUCCGCUCUCACGGAAAGGCAUGCGUACGUUGGGGUCAGUGGAGUCGUUGAUACUGCUUACGGAGUGGCAUCCGAGGGCGAUGCAUUUUCCACCCUCACAGGACGACAACGAACUGAUGCAACCCGAACCCGCGUCCGGCCAGGCUGAUGCGAGCGACGUGAACGGGACGUCCAAGGGCAUCGGUGGACAACGCAUGGAUGCAUGGCUUGAGCCAUGCUGGCGAUCGGAUCGAAUGUGUUGGUCGCUCUUGGGUAUGGCUAUGACACUCGCAUUCGAAAUCGGCAUUUUCGACUCCAGUGGCUGGCAGCGUCAUGUGAGACCUGCCGGCGGUCAAAACCUCUCUCCCGACCAGCUCGAAGCGUACAAUAUCCGUCGCGCCAACGUCCGCGAUGUGCUUCUGGUUUACGUCACGCAGACCAGCGGGCGGCUUGGGCUCACGUCCAUGCUUCCCUCCUCGUAUAACGACCCUGGGGAGAGCGAGCUGCACAACCGGCGGAUCGGCCCCAACGAUAGCCCUCACGAUGCUACCCUCCACUUCUGGCUUCGCAUGGCUACACUCGUGAAACAAGGCAACACCAAAGUGUUCCCCAACAAAGACGCCACUCGAAACCUCAUCCGUACGAAGAAAUACCGCCAAGUCCUCGCAGAGCUCCAGCCUCCGCUCGAGGCGUGGCGGAGAGACUUUGACGCAUGCAAACAAAUCCCCAAGCUGAUGCGGAGCAUCCUCUUGAUCGAAUGGGAAUAUGCUCGCGCAUACGUGAUGUCUCUGUCGCUUCAGGCGAUCGCUGAACGGUGCGCCAGGGAUGAUGUCCAUCCCAUGGACCCUCCCCUGGAAAUGGCACGAUCUGUGACCAAAGCCGGCGACAUCCCGAUGACGCCCGCCGCGUUGUCGCAACACUUCAGCGGCGAGAGGAGUUUCGUCGUCAAGGUCGCGGAGAGCGCUCGCAGUGUCCUGAAGAUCGUCGUCGAGGACCUUUAUCCCAACGACGCUCUGAAGCAUGCUCCCGUCCGGACUUACUUCCGCAUCAUCUCCGUCGCCAUCCUCAUGUUCAAGACGUUCGUCCUCGGCGCGUUCGAAAGUGAUGUGUCCGGCUCGCUCAGCCUGCUCGAUCAGACCAUCGAUGCGCUCCGGACGUGCAUCGUCGAUGAUGUCCACGUCGCCAGCCGCUUCGCCGAACUCCUCGAGACGCUGACCAACAACCUCAAACCUCGCCUCGUCCGUAUGGCAGCCGACGGCCGCGGCGGUCGGACAGCGGCGAGUCGUCGCCACAGCAGUCGAGCCAGCCCCGUUCACUUCCACCCCGACGCGGGCACUACCGGCAACGGGGCUUCGAACAACCAUCAUCACGGACCGCAACAGUACAGCACACCCUUCCCCGCCGAUGCCCUCGCGGCGAUGACAAGCUCCCAAUGGAACCAAUCCUACGAAGGCCUCCCCGGCGGGCAAAACAACCAUCCGCUGGUCGGCGUCUCGGCCGACACCUACGACCUCGAAGCGAACAACAACGCCUGGUCCCUGAUGCCCCCACCCGGCUUCAACGACGACUCGCCCAACAACUACAACAACAACAACAACGGCACCCACAACGCCCCGCCCCACCAGCAGCAGCACCACCACCAAUCCACCCUCGGCGACGGCAGCAUGCUCUCCCCAAACACCUCCGCCGGCGCCCCCUCCGCCGGCUACAACGCCUUCGACGACGGCGACCACGCCAACGCCGCCUACCCCCUCUCCGCCGACGACUGGCUCGCGCUGCCCAUGGACCCCCUCCUGAACCUCUCCGGCGCCGACGUCACCCAGACCCAGUUCGGCCUGAGCCUGAACGGCUUCGACGCCCUGGACGUCCUGCUCAGCGGGAACAACGGCUUCCAUCAGUCGUAG